AUGUCAUCGUUACUUUCUACUAUCGAACAACUGGAACUGGUUUACGAUGAAGAAGCGAAAACAAUAUCAUCUGAUCAAUUGAAAGCUGCAUUUGAUUAUUAUGCCGAACGCUUUACUCCGAAUACUACCGUUGAAAUUAUUCACUCAUUAUCGAAGAUUCCUACGCUAAAAUCCAGCGGUAACUCAUCAUACUUAACUCAUCCAAUUAUUUCACUGGUUUAUGGUCGCUUGAUUGAAUCUGUAAAGAAAGCUCUUUCCGGCGAUGAUUCAUUGUCCAUUGAUGAAAUUGUUUUAAUGGAAAACUGUCUUCAUUUUCUCUUAAAAUUAGUAGAAGCCGCACGGCAAGAAGGAGGAGCUCUAGAAGACCAAUUAUGUAGGAAAAUUCUUCAAGUAAAUGAAUCGUUUUUGGAAUUUAUUCAACACGAUGGUUGGAAAACAAUGGAAAACCAUGAACAGACAAUGAACAAAGUUGUUGAGCUUUUAGCCCGACCAGAAAUAUCUGUUGAAGAUGAUCUGCGACUGUAUGAUGCAUUUGUUCGAUGUGUUAAUUCAUCAGAUGGCAUUAUUGAUUAUCUGGAAGCUGUGAAACGACUUGAUACGACAUUGUUAAGCGAACGUGACAAAUUUUUAUUAUUUACCAAUUUUAAUUACAUUCUCGAGAAUACUCGUUAUACAACUGAAUUUCAGAAAGAAUUUGUUACUUUAUGGGUACCAAAAUAUGAACAUAUGUUAAAAGAAUUGUUAUCAGUAGCAGCGGCAGCAAAAGAGGAUGAAGAUUUGCAACUGAAUGCAAUAAAAUAUUUGGUCACAAAUCUGAUUCUAAUGCAACGCACAAUAGAACCUGAGGAGAACUAUUCUUCAAGAGGACAAACCAACGAUUUUGUACUGAAAGACGAAUGUUCAGUAAUAAUUAAAAUGCUCUUACCUUUGUUGACUAAUCGACACAUUCUUAAAGAUCUCAUGGAAGGUGAAAGUGCUGAAUUAAAGGUUUUGUAUAACAAUAUCAAUUCUACUACAGGUGUAACAGCUACAUUCGUUAUUUGGAUAGUGUUAAAAUUAAUUCUAAUGUUUCUUAAUGUAAAUGGCGAUUGUCUGACGUAUGAGAAACAAGAUGAAAAAUUAAAAGAAACAUUAUUAGAAUUAAUGAAACAAAUAAACGAUGAUAAUCCAAUAAAAGUUUCUAUCUAUAAUAUUUUGGCAUUGCUAAUGAGCGAACAAGAUAUUAAAAAUGAACUCAGUAAUGCAAAGGCAAUAAUUGGGACGUUGAUUACUUGUAUACAUGACGCUAAUGAACAUCCUGAAGGCGAGAGUGCUCGGGGUGGCGGAAAUUUAUCCGAUUUGAUGGUAACACUAAAAGAAACUGAACAUGAUAUCCUUUGUACAAAAAUAGCGUAUAUUUAUAUGAGAGUUUACACGAAAAGCGGAAUAUUCUAG